AUGAAGCUGGGGAGCAGCAAACUUGAAAGCCGGCCACACAGCAAGCCACAACAAGUGAUAUCUGAGCGGAUGUGGACAUAUAUACAUAUUUUUCUUUUUUUUUUUCCCAGCGUUAUCACAGCGGCUCUACGUCUCGGUUGCCCCAGCGGAGCCUCUGUCUCCGCUCCGGAUGAAUGUUUGAUGGACCUCAGUGUCUCAGCCGCUGCAAUGAAUGAAACAAAGGGGAUGGACGCAGUCUGGGAAGAUACCAACUGUUAACGCCGCAUUGCAUGUUUUUUCACCAGCAUGAAGGUUGGUAACUCGAUUAAAGAGUUUUUCACCAGCUAAUGUUAACUUUACAAUUCAGUGGAGAGCACGAGGCAGCCAACAAGCUUGAUAUACAAAAGUCCAGCUAACUAUAACAAACUGGUAAACUGGUUUUCGUCUCAUGCUGUGAAUUUCGCCUUUCACAUAACUUGCACGCCUGGUCUCCUCUGACAGAAAUCUCAAACUGGACCUGCUUUGGUUUUUUUUUGCUCAGAGAACUUCAUCCAGGGUUUGCAUAGUUGAGGGUGUGUGACACUUCAAGGUUUUCCAGUCUCCAGCGUCCUGCUCUGCCAUCUCUUAACAUGCUUUGCUUUCUGAGGCUCCCUCAUAGAUGUGUCUAAUUUGGAGAUCUGAACCUGGGACUGUUUGCAAGGUGGGAUUUGCAUGUACCCUACUACUGGACUUCCACAUCACAGCUCCAACACAGCAGCAGUGUCAAGUGAGAUGAUGAUGAUGAUGACAUGCAAUUAAGAUAAGCUUCCUAAAUCCUGUUUUAAGAUGAGCCAAGGACCAAACCUCGUCCUCCAGUGGCUGUCAAAGCUCCAUCUGGCCCAGUACGUGGAGUCAUUCCUUGACAAUGGCUAUGAUGAUUUGGAAGUUUGCAAACAGAUUGGAGAACCAGAUCUGGAUGCAAUAGGAGUCCACAUUCAGUAUCACAGACACAGGCUGCUCACCGCGGUGAAGGCUCUAAAAGAGGAGGACAAAAGGAAAGUACCUGGCUAUUAUUUCACCUUAGAGCCCGUGGAUACUUCUGCUAGUCAACACAUAUCACAGUCAGUGGAUGAUUUGGGGAAUCUGAGGUCACACGCUCAGACUGAAGGAGUGCACCAGGCCUUGUGUCCCGGAAACCACAACCUGAGGUUCACAGAGUGUAAUGACUUUGUGACUUAUCCCAAACUGAAGCUAAAGGUACUGAUACGGGAUAAACUUGCAAAAGAUGGGAUCAACCUUGGACAAGCACCUUACACCCACAAGGAUGGCUCUGUGGGGAACCUUGAUGAACUGGCUCAGGAGUAUUCUCAUUAUUACGGCACCUCCCUCAGCGACGUGUGCGAAAGGAUGGAGGAGCUACGGAAACGCAAAGUCGUCCAGGAUGCAGAGAUGGAAAAGAUUGACUCAGUGACCACAUCACCAAAUCUCCGCUCUCAGAUCCAGGAAUCCCUUGGACUCAGCAGCGCCACUUCGACUCCAGAGAUUGAGAGAAGGUUUCCUGUGCACAAGUCCAGCUCAGAAGAUGGAUCAGGAGGAAAAUGGGAUGCAAAGAGAAAGAGCAAGUCUUUUUGGCAGAGUUUCCGUAAGUCACAGAAAGGAACGACGCGUCAGAUUUCAAAAGGUGAUGGUGUUGGUUUCGUGGCCAGUGAUAUUACCAUGAGUGAUGAAGAGCGAAUUCAACUGAUGAUGAUGGUGAAGGAGAAUAUGAUCUCUAUAGAGGAAGCUCUUGCUCGGCUGAAGGAGUUUGAGAUACAAAACAGACAAACAUGCAGGUUUGAUCCCACAGAGUCGCCCGACCCCCCCAGUCCUGGCGCAAAUGAGUCAUUCAGCUGCAACCCCUGUGACGUGUCCGACAAUGAAGAGGAGUCAUUAACAUUCAAAAGGCUCCACAAACUGGUCAACUCCACUCGGAAAGCAAAGAAGAAGCUGAUCAGGAUUGAUGAUCCUAAGAGACGUGUAGCAGAGGAGAGCUUGAAUGCAGAUGGUCAUCCCUGUGAAGAUGCAAGCAUGUCUAUGUAUUCAGACGUGCAGAGGAAACCUUUAGUUUGUCCCGUGGACUCCCUGGCUUCAGCUCUUCAGGAACAGCUCACCUACGACAGGGACUCUGACAGCCUGACCACUUCCCACUCAUCCAGCAGCCUGGAGACGAGCAGCAGCCAAAAGAUCUACCAGGCCUUCAGCCAAAUUAACAGGAGUCCCGUUCACCUGGAGGCCAGUGUGGUGGGGGAAGUGAGGGAAGCAGGUGAAGGCUCUUCCUUUUCUGAAACAGAGGGUUGCAUUGAAGAGGAGCCGAAAAUUGCGCGUUCAGUGACCGAUGGGGAGCUGCGUCAUCGGGUGCUUGGUGCACUUAGCCAGCAUGGGAGGGCUUCCAGCUUUGGAGGGUUUGACCUGACCAAUCGUUCGGGGCAAGCGGUCACUUCUGACAGUGAUAACAUUAUGAAAGAUGAAGAAGGUGGUGCGAAAGAUGGAGUGAAGACCCCACCGACGUCACUUAUUUCCCUGGGAAGAAAAGUUAAGUCUGUGAGAGAAACAAUGAGGAAACACAUAUCCAAGAGAUACCACUGUUCUCUCUCUGAACAGUCGAGUCCAGACCGAGGGUCCAGCUGUCCUCACUCGCCUCAGACAGACUCAGACUCUUUGGAGAAACCCAAACUGAAACUAGGAGGGUCUGUGGAGAGCCUGAGAAGUUCUCUCAGUGGACAAAGUUCCAUGAGUGGUCAGACAGUUGGCACCACCGACUCCUCCAACAGCAACAGGGAGAGCGUGAAGUCUGAGGACGGAGAGGAAGAUGAAGUCCCUUAUCGUGGACCCUUCUGUGGACGUGCUCUGGCUCAUACUGACUUCACCCCAAGUCCCUAUGACACUGACUCCCUCAAACUGAAGAGUGGAGAUGUUAUUGAUAUCAUCAGUAAGCCUCCGAUGGGUACCUGGAUGGGGAUGCUCAACGGUAAAGUCGGCACCUUCAAGUUCAUUUAUGUGGAUGUUCUGAAUGAAGAGGUGAAGCCCAAAAAGAUCCGCAGAAGGAGGAAGGCCCGGCAACCCAAACCUAAGUCUGUGGAGGAGCUGCUUGAUCGCAUCAACCUCAAAGAGCAUCUUCCCACUUUUCUUUUUAAUGGCUAUGAGGAUUUGGACACUUUCAAGUUGCUGGAGGAGGAGGACCUGGAUGAGCUGAACAUCAGAGACCCUCAACACAGAGCUGUGCUGCUCACUGCCGUGGAGCUGCUGCAGGAAUAUGAUGGAAGCAGUGACCCGGAGAGAAGCAGCCAAUCUGGAGGCUCGCAGGAGAAGCUGCUGCUGGACAGGCGUGGAGUCCUGGGAGACUCCCCGCGGGACUCAGGCUGCUACGAGAGCAACGAGAACCUGGAGAACGGAAGGCACAAAAAGACGGCUUCAGCCAUGAGCAGGUCGUCAUCUGGGUUUGAGUCCAGCCACCUCCCGUCCCCAGAGCAUCCCAUCCUACCCAUACUCCUCACCUCCACCCCCUCACUCCAAAGUAAACCCACCACCCUAACAUCAUAUAAACCUCCGAAGAGCUGCUUAAGACUCUUGAGCUCAGAAGCUCACAGUCAGAGUGGAGUUGUAGCUAGGAGCCAGAGUUGUGUGGAGCUGAGAAGAAAACCAGAAUCAAAUCUGCUGCUGCGCUGCUUAUCUCUGCCAGCUAUCCAUAAAAAGCAGGUGGGAAAACUCAUCAUCCCAAAAGAUUGGAAUCUGACCACCAAGAAGACUGAGGACGGCACACAGCACAUAGUAAAACCACAAAAGCAACUCGCGAUCACAUUUCCAACCAUCCAUUCCUCGGCUACAUUACACAGUACUGAACCUAGCAUUUCAAAUAUGGACAAAGUUAAUUUGCUUGCCCCUAAUCUGACAGAAACACAGAGCUCACACCUCCAGCUGCAGCCCACAGAAGAGAGGACCAAUCGGUGCGUGAGGACGCCUUUCUUACCAAACUUAAGCCAAGAGCUUGUACAAACAGAAACUACCAGCAGGCACAACAACACAGAUCACAUCUCUGCUGAAGAGAUGACGAGUCGCUCAGUUUCAGCCACUUCAGAAGCUAAACGACUGAAAAUGAGAAGAACAAAGAAGCUUUCUGAGUGUUGAUCUGAGCCUGAAGCCGGUUUCUGACAAAGCACAUUACACUGGUCUUUUUGCUUAGGAUGAUUACUGAGUAAACUGGCCUAAAGGGGGGCAAGUUGCAACCCUGAUAGGAGCUGAUAAAAUCCCUUAAAUGCUACAGAAACAGACUCAUGUGCUUCUUUCAGUUUUUCCUUUAAUGUUAGAAACUGGCUUAUCUAUUGUGAAACAAAAGGAGGAAAUUUCUUCCCACAAUCACAUGCACUUGCUAAAUUUAAAGCAAUUCUCCAAUAUUUUCAGAUAGAUCUGUGAAACAAAACAAUAAAAACACAGCAGCUGAAAUACUUGAUGCACUUUUUUUUUUUUACGAUUUUUCUUUGAACAGCUGUAGAUCAGAAUUGCAGUGUCAGAGCUGCAAAUCCAAACCACAGCUUUGUAUAAGGGGGGUUGGAUCCUUGGUGCAGCAAGAUUAAUUCAUUACAUCCUUACAAACUUCUCUUUCCAUCUUUCUUUUGCUUCAUUUGCCAGUGAGGUCAAGAAAAAGUGCAAGAUUAUAAGAUUUAACUAUUGAAGUGUACCCUCUUUGUUGUCUGUGUUUUUUCCAGGAUGUUGUUUUCUUCCUGAUAUCUAAUGAUUUUAUUAACCAUGAAAUUUCCAAGACUCAAAGAAAUAUUGUAGUUUUUUGUAAAUAACAUUUCAACUGAGGUAAAAACAUGAACACAGUUAAAUCUAGUUAAUGUACAGCCUAUUUUCCAACAGCA